GAGCCAUUUGCCUCAUUUCAAUCAUCCCUCAACCUCCAUUCCUCUUCUUCCUCUGUUCUGCUGUCUUCGUAGCAUUUGUAGAAACCCAGAAUCUUAUAUUCUUCCAACUCCUGUACAAUCCGAAAUGCUUGUCGCCGCCGCCUCUCUCAACCCCAUCUCCGCCUUCCUCAGGACACCGUUUGUCAUCUGAAUCGAAUCCCACCCUCGCCUCGCGACGGCCGCCGGUGCUGCGAGAAGGGGAUGAUCCAGCGAGAGGAAGAUGAUCAUGGUGAGAGCUCGCCCAUUUCAGUGUCGAGGUUGUCGAUCGAAGAUGGUUCUUCAAAUCACAACAUUGAAGGAGAAGGAUCAGGCGAUGAUACGGCUAGAUUGAUGAAGGAGAAAGACCAAAUGAGUGUUCAACGUCGUUUGGAACGGUUUUUUCGUGAAAGAAAGAGGCUAUUGUUUGUAGGACCUCAACAAUUUAACGGGUAGGCUUUUUCUCAUUCACGAACUGUUUGAUUAUUGCAUCAUUUUGAUUGCAUAUCCUUUAAAGGCACAAAAUAUGAAACUAUUUGAGAAGGAAACGGGCCAGAGUGAUGACAAGAUUUCAUUCAAGUUAGCUAUUCUAGUUAGUUAACCUGCUUCCGUAUCCACGCAAGUAUUACCCACCUCAAUUCGUGCUUGAUGUGGGGUGGAUAUGACUAUUGAGGUAUCCGUUCCCGCCUCAUUGCCAUCACUACGUAUAACAAAGCAAUGACCCAUACACUAAAUGAGAAGAGGAAGAAGAGAAGUAUUUGUGACAUUCUCUCUUUCCACGGCCAAACAAUGGCAUGUACGUGAAUAGAAAUAUGGACAGGACACACUUCCAUUAGCUCAUUGACAACCUCUCUACCAAACUAUGUACGAAACCCUUUACCCUAUCAACCAAACCCUCUUAUCAUCUACUUUCGGUUUCUUGUCAUGUUCUACAUUUCUUACAACAAUAGAUGAGAUAAUUUGAAAUUGAUACACUUGUUUCAAUUAUGCUAUCCUUUAGUCACAACCCUACCUACCAAUUAUCAUAUGAUGGGUUGGUCACACAAAAAAACCAUUGUGGAAUAUCCAUCCAGCUUGCAAUUGCCUAUAUAAACAACUCCCUCCGCAAUUGCUUUGUUCACUACACCCAAGUAGCCAUAACAAACAACUACCUCCCCCCACAACCACUUUGUUCCCUCCACCCAAGUAUCCAUAACAAACAACUUCCUCCACCCAAGUAUCCAUAACGAAAAGUAAAAGAAGAACUAAAAUGGCCAAAUCGUCUGCUUUCAUUGAACUAUUGUUCCUUCUCCUUCUUUGUUAUGCAUGUCGAGAAGCAACCGGAAGAAGCGUGCCGGAGGACGAGUUACGAGUGAUCAAGCAACCGGAAGAAGCGUGCCGAAGGACAAGUUACGAGUGAUCAUGGUUUUCUAAAUACUUAGAGGUCUUCUUGAUCACUCGUAACUCGUCCUCCGGUCCAGUUCUUCCGGUUGCUUCUCGACAUGCAUAACAAAGAAGGAGAAGGAACAAUAGUUCAAUGAAAGUAGAGGAUUUGGCCAUUUUAGUUCUUCUUUUAUUUUUCGUUAUGGAUACUUGGGUGGAGGAAGUUGUUUGUUAUGGAUACUUGGGUGGAGGGAACAAAGCGGUUGCGUAGGGAUGGAGCUGUUUGUUAGGGAUACUUGGGUGGAGAGAACAAAUCAGUUGUAGAGGGAGCUAUAUAGGCAAUCACGAGGAGAUGGAUGUUCCACAAUUGUUUUUUUAUGUGGCCAACCCAUCAUAUGAUAAUUGGUAGGCAAGCACGUGACCAAAGGAUAACAUAAUUGAGACAAGUGUAUCAAUUUCAAAUGAUUCCAUUUAUUGUUGUAUUGUCAUUUAAAGAACGAAAAUGACAAGGAACGGAAAGUAGAUAAUGGAGUUUGGUUGAUGGGGAAAGAGGGGUUCAUACAUAGUUUGGUCGAGAGGUUGUUAAUGAACUAAUGGAAGUGUGUCUUGUCCAAUAUUUCUAUUCACGUUCAAUGCACAUGCAAUUGUUUGGUAGUGAGAAUGACACAAAGACUUCAAUACUACUUCUUCUUCUCAUUUAGUGUAGG